AUGUUCUGGCUAAAAUGUGUAACGCUAUGCGCGGCUAUUCUGAGAGGCCAUUGCUACAUCCCGUACUCCACAGACCGCUGCAAUGAAAGGCCUGAUGAUAUAUUCAUCUACCCGUACUACGGUGGCGGUGACAAGCCGAAGCCACCUGAAAUCGGCCACAGCUACAUUGCAAAGUACGAAAUGAACAGCAUAGACUCCAACCACCCAGCUUGGGUUGAAGAGUACUUUGAUUACGACGGCAAAAGAGCGAAAAUAUCGGCGUAUGUUCUCGGCGUGGAGUUUGUCGACAUUUACGAUUACGGCAGAGGGACAGCCACAUCUUAUCGACUAUCCAGACCAGAGAGCAGUGGCUGGAGUUCAAAGAUUGAAGACACCUGCGAGACUGUCGAAAUGGCGAAGUUCAAGCCGGCGCUUCAGAUACCGUCGUACCCUUUCUCGAAGACAGCUAAGCCCGGACCACCACGCAUGACCAGGUCCAACCGAGCGUUGAAGUAUGGCCCUCCGUACAACUACACGUACCUAGAGGACCACAUUGGCAAAGAGACCCGAAAUAUAAAGUCGGAGGUUUUCCGAGGCUGCAUAAACGAAGAACACCUGAAUUUUUCCUUACGCUCGAACUUCUACUGGGGAAGCGCGCUACCAUUUUCUUACCCAAGCGGAGAUGAGCGAAUGCCACUAUACAUCGAAAUAAGAGGACCCGACAUGAAUAACAAAGCGCAAGAGAUUUACGCAAUGAUGUAUGUUUCUUGGUUCCAAAAAGACCCAAAGUUCGCUUCUGGUACGUUUCAGAUUCCGGAGGGACUGCACUGCAAGUAUUGGCCAAGUAGAGGACGACUGCCCAACAUGCCCUCUUCCUUCAGCUACAGCGUUGAAGAGACAGCAUUUCAACUUGAUGGCAGUGGAUUUCUGAAAGCCGGAUUUGCUUCGCUUUCGUACAAAAAGGUUUAGCCCGUGAAUAACUUAUGUCGGUAUAUCUGUAUGGACAUAUGUGGACCUAUAUGAGAAGGAGUUGUAAGGGACAUAUAAUAGCAGUAUAACGGAAUGGUGAUCUGCAGCUUAACGCGAGGUCACAA